UGACUCCAUUUUUCAUUUGAAGCGAGUCACGGGAUUUGUCACAUGCCAAGGUUCAAUAUGAAAUCUCCUGGUUUUAUCAGCAAAUAUACCCACUGGACUUUUCUUUAUUGUUUCCUCGUUAAUCUAAGUGCAGCAAUCGGGGCAGACCUGACAUGCAGCGGACCUCUAGGAUAUAAUGUUACACCUCUAUCUACAGGAACAUGGACCUAUGCAGGUGUAAACCAGAGCUGUCUUGCUGGACCAAACAUCAAAGUUACCUGUAAAAUUACGUUGUCGUUUUGCAAUAAGAUACCUACAAUAUGCAGUGGAUCGUCAAGUGCUUGUGUGCAGGCAUCCAAUUUUACAGGAAAAAACGACACCGCGGUAUUCUCAAUUGGCAAUUACACACAGGACCCAUUCUCCCAUGCUGCAAAAGGUGACAAAAUAGUUGCAACGUUGGACUCGGUUUCAUAUACUACCAGCAACAUCACAUAUAAUUUGACAACUGUUGUGGAGUUGACAUGUAAUCUACAAGCUGUGUGGAAGCCAAAUACUGCAGGAGCAACCAUUCCAAAGAUAGCCAAUCUAAUGUCUAAUCUUUCUUGCUCGAACACUACCCUUAAAUGCCAGUACAAGAUAUCAGCAGAGUAUGAUGGGGCAUGCAUAAAUCUGGUCCCUCCCGCGACUUUUGACACCAGCCUGAGUGCAGGGACUGUCCUGAUAAUUAUAUUUUUUGUGAGCAUCAGCAUCUACUGUAUCUUUGGGUGUGCCUGUAACUUCACGAGAGGACACAAGGGACAGGAUCUGAUACCCCACUCUGCGUUCUGGAUAGACCUCCCCGUGCUUAUAGCCGAUGGAAUGAUCUUCACCUUCAGCUGCUGCAGACAAGAGUCUUCCGCCUAUGACAGUAUAUAGCAGAAUGUCUCCUUUGAGAUGUUUGUGUUUCGUAUACUCAAGCUUAGAAUGAAAGGUGCCCAGUAAGAUGUUUGAAUGAUAUAAACAUUAAACACAAGAUAUAAAGGAGAGAUGUUUGUAUGAAAACUCAUCAUUUCAUUCCAGUAGCACUUCAGAUGUUGUUGUUAAACUGUUUUAAUAACAGGAAUAAUUUGAUGUUGAUAUGAGGGUUAUUUACAUAUGAGAGAGAGAGAGAGAGAGGGGAGAGAGAUUUUUUACUGUGAAUUAAUCUGUGGCACAUGGUUUUACUUUUGAAUUAAGACUAAUGUUACUUGAACUUGUGCAGAAGCUUAGCAUUUUUGUUUAACUGUAAUAACUAUUAUUUUUUAUUAUACUACGUGUAACUGUUUACUAUGCUCUUGCUUAAGGAUGGAUCUGGAAAAAACCAUGCAUAAUAUCACUCAAACAUAUUGUCAACAGAGUAUGUUUUUGAAUUACGUCGAAAAGUUAAAUUCCUUAUAUUUUUUACAGUAAACAGUGAUUGUUAUUUUAUUACUUCUCAUAUUAAAUUUUGUAAUAAAACAGUUUUCAUUGA